GCGGGCGCGUGACGGCGCGCGGCGGCCGCUUCCGGGCCGGCGGCGGGGCCGGAGUGCAGGAGGAUGAGCGGCGCGCGGCGCAGGGAGGAGCCGCCGCACGCGCAGCAGCACGCGGUGUCGAACGGCGGCGCGGCCGCGCGCGGCUCGGUGUGGGGCAAGGCGCUGCGCAGCGACUCCGCCUGGCACGACAAGGACGAGUUCCUGGAUGUGAUCUACUGGUUCCGGCAGAUCAUCGCAGUCAUCCUGGGCAUCAUCUGGGGCGUGGUUCCCCUCAAGGGCUUCGUGGGCAUCGCAGUGUUCUGCCUGAUCAAUGCUGGUGUUCUGUACCUCUACUUCAGCAGCUUCCAGCAGAUAGAUGAGGAGGAGUAUGGUGGGACAUGGGAGCUCACAAAGGAAGGAUUCAUGACAUCUUUUGCACUGUUUUUGGUGGUUUGGAUAAUCUUCUACACUGCCAUCCACUAUGACUGACACAGCCUGCAGCCUGCUCCAUCACUCGCCAGGAAAUCGAGAUUGGAAUCAGUCCUAGCCUGUAGUGGCCUGGUGGGAAGGUGGGGGGAGUCCAGGCCAGUCCCUGCUGGCCCAGUGGGAGAGAGCCCCAACUCUUCUGCCAGAGAAGUCUCCAUUUUAUACUCCCAGUGAUUAUGGAACUCUUACUAAAAAGCCAUUGGAACUCCUGGAAGUGCUUCAAGAGCGCUCAGAUGUGGAACUUCCUGUGACUCUAGCCAGUACCUCUUGAGCAACUCCUGUCUGCUGAAGGUUGAAUCUGUUAAUUUAAUGUGUGUUUGCCCUCCUCUUGGGAGUCUAGCCCUAAAUCCUGACUUGUCUUCCAUUGCUGUCCUUUAGGCACCUGGCUUUUAAACAGCAGCUGCAGGGGAGAUGGGAGGAAGGCUCUGCGGCAGCCAGGAGCCGAGCGGCCGCCCCUGGCCUCUUCCUGCGGCGCUCGGCCUGGACUGAGCACACAGA